CAGCCCUCGUCUUUUGGUGAAGGAUUCUUAUUGCAGGCAGACAUGGAGGAGCUGAGCGCCGUCGGUGAGCAGGUCUUUGAUGCGGAGUGCAUUUUAAACAAGCGCCUGAGAAAGGGAAAGUUGGAGUUCCUCGUCAAGUGGAGGGGAUGGUCAUCCAAACAUAACAGCUGGGAACCCCAAGAAAACAUCCUUGACCCGAGACUGUUGGCUGCAUUCAAAAAGAAAGAGCAAGAAAAGGAGCUCCUGUUACGUAAGAAAGGGAAAAGACCCAGAGGAAGACCACGGAAAAUCCUUGAAAAUGUGCCUGAAGCUCCAAAAUCAAGCAGCUCUUCAUCUGGCUCAUCGUCGUCAUCCUCCGAUUCCUCAUCCUCCUGCUCGUCCUCUUCGUCCUCAUCAGACGACGACGAUGAAGACGCUAGCGCCAAGCCGGCGACCCAGAGUGUCAGAACACGAGACCAUCAUCCUGUCCCGCAGAAGAAGGCCCAGAUCGUUGUGGCAAAACAGGAGCCAUCGAAGAAGCGAACCAGGAAACCACUGACCCCUGACCCGAAGGAGUUUCAGCAGAACAAAGGCCUUCGCAAAAUCCUGAAGACGUCAAAAGAUACAGAUCUCCCAGGAGCAAUCAAAAAGCCUGUUCACCCAGCAAGCUUCACCUUCAUGGGUUUCCAUCGGAACUCUGGUAGGGAUACACUGGGUGGUCCGAACAGGGGCUCUCCGACCCAGGGAGCGGCUGUUAAAAACUCCACGAGCUCUGCGGGAUCUGGAAAAUCAGUCCAACCUGCCUCCCUCUCUCUGAACAAAUCCAGCCAGAGCAGGAGCCUCACUGAGGGCAAACUGUCAAUCUCCAGCAUGAGCAGCGGGGCAGGUCUGGAUUUGAACACAGCUGCUGGUAAAUCAAAAGGGGUGGCAGCGUUGAAUUUGAAUACAUCCAAACACCCCAUUCAAGGCACCACUCAGCACACACUGAGCUCCCCCAAUGGACAAAAGAAAGCCCAGGCCCCCGUGUCAGCACUGCAGCGGUUACCCAACACCAGAGCAGUCGCUUCUGUCCCAACUAAGAGCGCCUCCUCCAAUCAAGGUUCUGGCCUUCAGCCGCUUAACCUUCAGAACAAACCAGUGCAAAGCAAUAGUGCUCCUGGGAAUGGUGCCACGCCAGUGUCAGGCCUGAGAAAUGCAACAAACCCAGCAAGGAAAACUACUGUCACACAAAACCAGGACUACAAUGCUCCCAAGAGUCCAGCAACCCUGGGAAGACCGCAGACCAGAAAGAACCAGCCGGGAGCAGACAAGGUCAAGGAGCCGACUGAAAUCCAGUCCUCUAGAGUCCAAGGCAGGCUGGAGAAGAGCACCGUGCACAAAUCCCCCGCAGAGGCCCAGAGCCAACCAGAGAGACCGGCCUACAAAGACGGCAAGAAAGCCAAAACGAACGACAUGAGCACGGGGGAAGAGGAGAGCAGCUCAGACUCUGACCACGAUUCUUCCUUCAUCGGACAGGAUCGCGCCAUGAACCAGGACUGGAAGCCCACACGUAGUCUGAUAGAGCAUGUGUUUGUCACGGAUGUCACCGCUAAUCUAGUUACUGUCACAGUCAAGGAGUCACCGACCAGCGUGGGCUUCUUCAGCAUGCGCAACUACUGAUGGGAUUCCAGACGCCGCAAACCAGAUGGGCUGUGAAACACACGGAAGGGAUUUGAGGUCGGAACUAAAUAAAAACCCUUUUUUGCUCGAGAACUCCUGAGGAAUGCAUCAGGGAGUGGAGGUCAAUUAACAUUUCAAUUUCUUUCAAUAAUAGACUCAUUUUUAGAUUAAAAAAGAAACCGAACCGGACAUCAGUUAUUGAUUGUAAUUAUUUAUUUGCUCGUGGCUACAAAUUGUGCAAGAAAGAUUUUUGGUCUCCUAUGAUAAUCUCAAGUAAACAAAUCUUCUCAACGAGUCCAAAAUUGUGUUGACACGAGGGUCGUAGAACAAUUUAUUCAGCUUAAGAAUCAUGCGUAAAUGCAUUGGCCCAUAUAGGUUUCUGAAUCUGUGCAUACAACUUUAGCAUAUAAGAGGAAUGUCUUACUGAAUAAAUUGAAGAUGACCUUAUAAACCGUAGGCAUGAGCAGGAGGGCUAGCUUAUUUUAUGGCAGACAUUUAGUUCAUAUUAUGUAAUAAUAUGUUGUGGAUUCAUAUCAAUCAAUAGUAAAUGUAAACCAGUUUUUUCUUAGUAUAGAAUUGUUGUUUUACUGUUUGGUUAAUUAGCUACCUCUGUUUGUUUUAUUUUAUUUGCUGCAAAUGUAUAUUAUUUUCAUCUGGGAGAGGAAAACCUUUCCCUCCAGGGUAAACCAUAUAAUUGUUUUUAUAUAGCUCUAAUGUAUUGACUUCUCAUGCUCUAUAAACCUGUGUUAGUACCAGAAACCAGCCUGAGCAGCUUUGUUUCUGUGAAGUGAAACACUCUCCAUCAGGAUGGGACCGGAGUUGUGCCCAGAGCUGAACUGUGCGCAGCUUUUAUCGCCUUGAAAAGAAGGUUCAUUCCACAGUGCAGCCAGUUUAUCUUUGGGGUUGUCCAAAUGGGCUGAAGCAUGUCAGGAGCCAGAUACAGUAUCUCUGUUCCUCCCUGGCGCUCUGAUAACACUUCAGUUGUGGCUGCGGUUUGCGCUUCUGUCUCUGCAUCAGCUCUGUCCCUCAGCGAGGUAUUCACCAGAAAAUGCAAUCUUCUCAGACUUGUAAUUAAUACAGACAAAACCCAGAGAAUAAGUGCUUGUGUUGACAUGGCUGGACGAUCACGGACAGUAUAUCUGUCAAAGCUUCUCUCUCAGUCUGUCAAAGCCUCCAAUGAGCCUUUCAGAUCGCCAAAGGCAACACAUUUCGAAGUGUGAAGUGGGGGAGAAAGUUGGGUGUGGACAGUAAACCUUUCAGCAUUGUUUGUCCCAGACCACAAAACACCAGAUUCCAUUGUGCCUGUUGCUGCUGGUGUUUCCAAAUGCCAAGUGCUGAAAUACCAGAUUGGAUUUGGUUUUGUUAUUUUAUUUUUGUUACUCGCAGCUGCAGACGUCUCAUUUCGCCCGCCUGCACGGCCUCAGGAGCUGCAGGCCCAGCCACUGAGAGAGAAAAAAAAAAGAGGUCUUUAUCUGAUGUAACGGAAAAGAAACCUCAACAAUGUGCGCUACUUUCUGCUCCCUUGAGAGGAAUUCAGCAACAAAGCACUUCGACUGAACUCUUCGUCUAAUCCUGCUCCGCAGACUGUGCCUUUCUUUCUCUCAAAGACUAAACACAAAGACAUUACCCCAAAGAUAGCUAGAAUUUCAGGUUGUUCAAUAAAGGAGUACCCCUAGGGCACGGCAUGGAGACUGUACCGUUGUUUUUCUCGUCCAUGUUGUUGUGAAACAGCUAAAAAAUGGAAGGCCUCCUGAAAGACUUUAUCACAAAUGUAUGGAGCAGACACAUAUUUGAUGCCUUGUUGAAACAAUGAAAGUGGUAAAGGUGGAAGUUAUAGAAGUGCUCUCCACUCCGGUUCAGCAGAAAAACACUGAGGGCGUUCUCAUAUUACAUGUGUUACAUAUGGAAAGACUGUAAGGGCGCAGCAUUUGGUUUCAUCAGUGUAGCUCUGUUAUGUCCACAACAGUCCUUUGUCGAAGAAAUGCAUUAGGCCAGAGGUGAAGAUCAGUCUAGGCUCAAUCAAAACAUCAUUCAUCACAACCAUGUAAUAGACUACGGGGUAACACAAAAGGUGUUUAUAUGAAUUUCUUAUAUGAAUCUGCUUUUUUCUAAAUAAUGAAAAGAAACACAUUUUUCAUGUUUCUUCAUUUAUUUCUUUUUUUAGAUACUAACCAUAUCAAUGGGAUGUUGUUCUCUUUACACUAUUUAUUUCAAAUUAAGAGCCUUUCAGGGUAGGACAGUGUCAUCAAUCCUUGUAUUGUGCCGCAUGUCAAACUGACUAAUAAAUGGUGCAAACCUUAUUUCUUA